AUGGCAAACAACAACAACCCUUUCAACCUGCGUUACAUUCUGGAAAACAACAAGUUAUCCGGGACCAACUUUCUUGACUCGGAGAUGAACCUCCGAAUCGUUCUUAACUGUGAGAGGAAACUCUACAUCCUCGAAAUGGAUCCUCCCAAGACCCCUGAUGCUAAUGCUCGUGCGUCCGAACUCACUUCCUUCAAGAAGUAUGAGGACGACGCGCGAAAUGUAAAGUGUAUCAUUAUGGCCAGUAUGACCGCGGAGCUCCAAAGGCUCCACGCGGACAUGGAAGUGCAUCCUAUGAUACAACGCUUAAGAGACCUUUACCAGGGUCAGCCCCAAAACUCAGAACUUGCAUGAAUGCAGACAAUUGAUGGACGGAAAUAUACAACUAAAAGUCGGCAAUGGCGCACUCGUCUAUGCAUUGGCCGUCGGAACCUAUAGUUUAUCUCUACCUAGUGGUCUUGUAUUGCAGUUAAAUAAUUGUCUGUUUGUACCCAGUAUGAGCAGAAACAUAAUUUCUGUAUCCUGCCUUGACAAAGCAGGAUUUUCGUUCGUUGUAAAAGACAAAACUCUUUCUGUCUUUAGAAAUGAAAUAUUUUAUGCAACUGCGAAAAUGACCAACGGUCUCUAUGUCCUCGACAUGGAUACCGCAGUAUAUAACGUAGAUGUUAAGAGAAACAAACCUAACAGUUUGAAUCUCGCGUACCUUUGGCAUUGUCGUUUGGGCCACAUUAACGAGAAACGCAUAUCUAAGUUACAUCGUUCUGGUGUACUUGAUUCAUUUGACUUCCAGUCAUAUGAUGUAUGUAAAUCUUGUUUACUUGGUAAAAUGACAAAGGCUCCAUUCACCGGUCACGGUGAAAGGGCGAGUGACUUAUUGGGCCUCAUACACUCCGAU